CGCUGAUGUCGUGGUAAAAUGAGGUCACAAUAGCGUAGCGGUAGCACGUACCUUCGCCAUUUUCAGAGCUCUUUGUGCGCUAUCGUUUGCAAAGAGUUUCUGUGUUUUUAAACAAGCCAUUUACUUAAUUCAGAUUUUAAAUCCGUUGUGAAAAUGCAAGGGAACAGAGGCCCCCAGCAGAAUCGUGGCCCAAACCGCCCGGGAGAGCAGCUGAAAAGCGAAGGAACAAACAGCAACGGGCAGCAGCCGGAGCCCAGCGAGCCAACCAGCCUCAACGAGGCCUUAACGCUGGAUCUGCAGAGUUUCAGGAAGCCCGGGGAGAAAACCUUUACCCAGCGGAGCAGGCUGUUUGUAGGUAACUUACCAACUGGAGUUACCGAGGAGGAUCUGGAAAAGCUGUUCACCAAGUAUGGGAAAGCCAGUGAGAUAUUUAUUAACAAGGAAAGAGGCUUCGGCUUCAUCAGUCUCGAAACGAGAAUCAUAGCAGAGAUCGCCAGAGCCGAGCUGGAUGAUACUCCCUUCAGAGGCAGGCCCAUACGGGUGAGAUUUGCAACACACGGAGCUGCUUUAACUGUGAAGAAUCUGCCAGAGUUUGUGUCCAACGAGCUCCUGGAGGAGGCCUUUGUCGUCUUUGGUCAGAUAGAAAGAGCUGUGGUCAUAGUGGAUGCCCGAGGGAGGCCUACGGGGAAGGGUAUAGUGGAGUUCACCUCAAAGCCAGCUGCAAGGAAAGCUUUGGAUAAGUGCAGUGAUGGUGCCUAUCUUCUCACAGCUUUUCCCCGGCCUGUUACAGUGGAACCUAUGGAACAGUUUGAUGAAGAGGAAGGACUGCCAGAAAAGUUGAUAAACAAAAACCAGCAGUAUCACAAAGAGCGUGAACAGCCACCACGAUUUGCUCAGCCUGGCUCCUUCGAGUAUGAGUAUGCCAUGCGUUGGAAGGCCCUGAUGGAGAUGGAGAAGCAGCAGUAUGAGAUGGUAGACCGCAACAUGAAGGAGGCGCAGGAGAAGCUGGAGGCUGAGAUGGAGGCGGCCAGACACGAGCAUCAGGUGAUGCUGAUGAGGCAGGACCUGCUGAGGCGGCAAGAAGAGUUGCGCAGGAUGGAGGAGCUCCACAGUCAGGAGGUGCAGAAGAGGAAACAGGCUGAGCUCCGGCAGGAGGAAGAACGCCGCAGGAGAGAGGAGGAGAUGAGGCUGCGCAAUGAGGAGAUGAUGAAGAGGCAGCAGGAGGGCUUCAGGGGCAACUUCUCUGAGAAUAGGGAGCAAGACAUGAGGAUGCACAUGGGUGGUCAUGGGAUGCCCAUGAACAGAAACUCUCUAGGUGGCAGUUCAGGUCCUGAUGGUACUCGCUUGGCUGCAGAGAAUUCUCCAAUGUUGCCAGGGCCAGGUAACAACAGCAUGCCUGGAGGAGGUCAGGGUGGCUUCCCCAGAGGCCUCCCUGGCCCCGGAGAUUAUGGACCUCCCAAUAAACAACGCAGAUUUUGAAUCAUGUGCAACUUUUUUUCCCCACCUCCUUUCAUACUCACUGUACUUUUACGUUUGGCUAGUGUUAACUUUUGAACUUGGAAAACUGCAUGUCAUUUUUUUUGUACCUGCCUAUUUGUACUUUUGAUUUAUUUUUAGUUCUGAAAUGUAAAAACUCUCCAAAUGAGCCAUGUGUUUUACUUUAUUCUUCACAGUAAUGUAUUUUCAUAGGGGUAGAAAAGUCCUGAAUAUGUUAACUUUUCUGGAAUAAAUUCCUGAUUCCCUAAA